AUGAAUUGGCAAGCACUCGAGACUCAAUAUCUCGGAGACAUGAAAUUUUUCAUGCAGCUGGUCGGUAUGUGGCCAUAUCAGGAAAGAUUCGCUAAACUUUCUACGCGACUUUUUUCAUUUCUUGUGGUUAUUUAUGCCUUUAUAACCGAGGUAUCGCGGGUAAUAGUAUUUUACAGUACGGAGGUGCUAUUAGAUCAGAUGGUGUAUCUGGACAUAAUUAUAGGCAUUUUCACUAAACAAUAUCAUUACGUCCUGAAUGCAGCGAAAUUAAAAGAACUUUUACGGGAAAUCGUGGCUGACCGCAUGUUGGAGUAUCCGAAGGAAGAACUAGAGAUUUUGGAUAGUUACUUUAACAAGGCGACAUACUUCUGCUUCGUCUAUAAAGGAGUAGUAAUAUUAAUUACUGUGUAUGUCGCCGGUGAUCUAUGUUUGAUUUAUGUUAUACAUCAUGGUUGUGCCUUGUUGACUAUCAGCGGAUAUCGUUUCAAACACGCGUUCGAUGAAGUGAGUCAAUCUGAAGAAAAAGACAACGACGUAUUGCAGGACGCUAAUGCAAAAGUGUGCCGAGCUAUCAAGGGACACAAAAAGGCAAUCGAAUACGUGGAUAAAAUCGACAACUGCUACGUGCAUUACUUCUUGAUAAUUUUGGGCCUGAUAAUCAUAGCAUUCACAUCCACUUUCGUGAGGUUGUCGAUGAUGGAGAAAGGAACGACGUACUACGUAUUUUGCAUGUUCACUGUUGCCCAACUGUUUCAUCUGUUCUUUCUGACGUCUUUGGGGCAAUUUGUAAUCAAUAUCCACGACGAAGUCUAUCAAUCAAUAUGCGGAGCCAACUGGUACAAUGGCGCGCCGAAAACGCAAUUGUUGUACGUACUGGUGUUGCGAAAAUGUUUAAAUUCGCCUGUACUAACAGGUGAACGAUUGAUCCCUUUGAAUUUGUUCAGCUUCGUACAGAUCCUGAAAGUUUCUUUUUCAUAUUACACAGUGUUUAACACGUAA